GACCGAAGGGAGCUUCCUCCUCUGCUGCUCCGGGCAAGAUGCAGUGCAGCUGCAGCUCCUCGGGAGGACACCUGCCAUCGCCUCACUGGAGCACAACAGUGCUCUUCCCGGACUGGGCCUACAAACCGGCCUGGUCGCCCGGCUCCCGGCAGGUGCACCUGUGGCACUUCCUGCUGGAGCUGCUGGGGCGGGGCGAGGGCGGGGCCAUCGGCUGGGGGGGGGAGUGGGGCGAGUUCGUCAUCCGGGACCCCGAGAGGCUGGCCAGGCUGUGGGGGGAGAGGAAGGGCAAGCCGCACAUGAACUACGACAAGCUCAGCCGGGCUCUGAGAUACUACUACAACAAACGCAUCCUGAACAAGACCAAAGGGAAGAGAUUCACCUACAAGUUCAACUUCAGCAAACUGAUCCUGGUCAACUAUCCGGGCUUCUCGCCUCCGGCGCCACCCGGCCGCCAUCAUCAGCUGGCGCGGGGCGGCCCCCUCCCCUUCCCCCUCCACCCGGUCUGCGGGGGUCUCCCUCCGUGUGGAGGAGCCGUCUCGGCGAGCAGCGCAGUGUUGGUUCCUCCCCCCCUCUUGCCCCCGUGCUGCCUCCCCAAGCCCAUCCCGACGCUGCGUGCUCUGCACGGCCCCGUCCCCUUCAUCUCCGCCGCCGCGCGUCAGGGGGCCGACCCGCACAAGAGCCCCACGGGGUGGGACCUGAACCACAUCAGUCAAAACCUGUUCGCCGGAUUGAAGCAGACCGGAAUUCAAGAAGAGGAGAGGAGGCUCGGGAGCUUCACGCGGACGGAGCGGGGAGAGUGAGGCGCAGGAGCAGACCC